AUGUUUCCGCAGCCACCGUUCUCGCCGGUGUCGCCGAUUCAGCUAACGGUGGCGGCGUUGUUCGGCGCCUCCGUAAUGGCUAUCUCCGCAUUCUACAUCCACAAACGCAGCGUCGAUCAAGUCCUCGAUCGCCUCCUCAACCUCCGCCGCCGCCGCCGCUGCCACUCACUGUCCGAAGACGAAGAACUUGAUAUCUCGUAUUGUAUUGAAAAUGCGCAAACUGAUAAUAACGUGAAUAUAUGGAGAAGCAAGACUAGAUUUUUGAACGACCCAAUUGAUCGUGAUAAUGAGGAUCGUUAUGGUGAUGAGGCGAUGAAUUAUCGAGUUUCGUCUUCCGUGCCGAGUGUGAGUGUUCGGAGGACUGAGUGGGUCGGUGAGGAGGCUGGUAUUUCUGUGCCUUUGGAUAAAGAUGAAUUGAUUUCUUCUGAUUUACCUCAAAUACGGACUGGUCAGAGGGACGGGGAGGAGCAUUACAUGAUUCACUCUGGUAACACUAUGCGUGUAGGAUCAGUUGGUAGGCUUGUGACUCCUAGAUCAUCAGGUGGUUAUGCAUUUGAGAGCACAGGAGAUUCUGAUGAUGAAGGAGCUGAACUUUCAGCCAGAGAGAAUCAUGUAUUGUCGCAUCAAAAUCAGGAUGUAAAUCUAACAAUUCAAAGUGAAGCCCCGAUACCAGCUGAAAAUGGGGUUUGUAUUCACGCUCAAGAAUCUAAAUCAUUAGAGAGUGAAGUAAAAUCUAGUGAUGGUCAUGCUGACAGUAGAGCAGAUACAGCUUCAACACAUAUUGUGGCAAAUGAUCAUAUAAUCAGAAACAAUAUUUUUCCACCAAUAACUACACUUAAUGGUUCUGUUUCUGAUGCUCUUCAAAGUAUGAAAUCAGACUCAGUGAGUGUUGAAGAACAAGAAGUCUUGAAGAUGAUUCACGAAUGUCUAGAAUUGAGGGAAAAAUACGUUUUUAGGGAAAAUUUUGCUCCAUGGACAUCAGAAGUAUCUGGUUCAGUUGAGAUUAAGGAUGAUCCAUUUCAUUUUGUGCCUGUUGAAGCAUCUCCUCAUUUCUUCAGAAUGGAAGAAGGUGUAGUACGUGUUUAUGCGAGUGAAAAGGAUACUGAAGAACUUUUUCCGGUUGCAAGUUCUACAAUGUUUUUCACUGAUAUGCAUUAUAUACUGAAAGUGAUGUCCAUUGGAAAUGCUCGCACUUUAUGUCACCACCGAUUACGAUUUCUUGAAGAAAAAUUCCGCCUCCAUUUGUUGGUAAACGCAGAUAGGGAGUUUGUAGCUCAGAAAAGUGCACCUCAUCGAGAUUUCUAUAAUAUCAGAAAAGUGGACACUCAUGUACACCAUUCUGCUUGUAUGAACCAAAAGCAUCUUCUCCGUUUCAUCAAGUCAAAGUUGAGAAAAGAACCAGAUGAGGUUGUGAUCUACCGUGAUGGACAGUAUCUUACCCUGAAAGAAGUCUUUGACAGCUUGGACUUGACAGGAUAUGAUCUAAAUGUAGAUCUCUUGGAUGUGCAUGCCGAUAAGAGUACCUUCCACCGAUUUGACAAAUUCAAUCUCAAGUAUAAUCCAUGUGGACAGAGUAGACUUAGAGAGAUCUUUCUGAAGCAGGAUAAUCUCAUUCAAGGGCGUUUCCUGGCUGAAGUUACGAAGCAGGUUCUGUCUGAUCUUGAAGCAAGUAAAUACCAGCUGGCUGAGUACCGAAUUUCGGUUUAUGGAAGGAAGCAAAGUGAAUGGGAUCAGCUGGCUAGUUGGUUUGUGAACAACAGGAUUUAUAGUGAAAAUGCUGUUUGGUUAAUUCAGUUGCCAAAGUUAUACAAUGUUUACAGGAGUAUGGGAACAGUUACUUCCUUCCAGAGUAUACUAGACAACAUCUUCAUUCCACUUUUUGAGGUCACAGUGGAUCCAAAUUCCCAUCCUCACUUACAUAUUUUCUUAUUGCAGGGCGCGCUAGGGUCUUCCUUCUUAACUGUUUGUGAAAACAACGCAAUUUCUUAA